AUGGGUUACCAAAACAUGAAUGAAAGUGACGUCACAGACGUUUCAAACAUUUUGGUUGAAACUGGCAAACUUCCUCACUCUCCAUUGGUCAAUCAGGAUAGCGACAAAAUUCAAGUGGCUGUUGAGGUUCACGAGGAAAAAAAUGAGGCAUCAGAGCGUGAACGUACUGAAUACGAUCGGACUGAACUGGAAAGAGUGAAAAUGAGCCAAACUGAAACUGAAUCUACUGUUGCGUCUGAAACUCUUCAUCAAAAAACAGUAACCAGAACACCCAAAAGGAGGAAGGAACAACGAAAUAAACCAAAAAAUACCCAAAUACGUAAAAGUCCACUUAGUGGGGAAAUGGAACGGGAAAACAGAACCAUGACUCGAGGAACGAAAUUGAACAUUGAACUUAAGUCUGUUGAUGAUUCUGUCUCCGUAUCCGAAUCUGGUGUCGAGAGUGAGAGUAUUGUAAUUGACAAAAGUAACAUUGAAAACACUGAAAGUAGUUCUCAGAAACCUCUUUAUUCAAACGUUGUCUCAUCUAAAAGGGAACACAUAUAUGAUGCAAGGCCUAAAAUUCAAAAGGCUGAAAACAAAAGGAAGAGUGAUGUAAUUAUUGGUACAAACAAAGUCAGCGCCAGCUUAAAAUCUGCCUGCAAAAAGUCAUUCUACUUCGUGUCUCGUGUUUCUCCAGAAUUGUCUAGUGACACCGUUUUGAACUAUUUAACUACAAGAGGGGUCAUUCAAGUUGAAUGCACUGAACUAAAUACAAGAUCUCAAGAGUAUAAGUCAUUCAAAGUUGGAGUGCCUGUCAAAUCAUCUUCCAGCAUCUUGGAUCCAAAUUUUUGGCCUACGGGUGUGUUGGUUAGAGACUACUUGCCCUUCAAGCGCAGUGCUAAGCCUAACCCUGACAAAAGGCAAAACCAUUUUUUAGGGCUGUACAGGCCUCCAGACGGCGACUUCGACUUGUUUCAGCUGCAACUAGAGUCCUGUCUUCUGUAUUUAACCAAAUUUACCUCAAAGAAGAUUGUGAUCGGUGGGGACUUUAACAUUCACCUGGAAGUAACAUCUAAAGAAGAGACUGCAUUUACCAACCUACUGCGAAGUUUUGGACUGUAUAUCACUUCAAGACUGCCGACCCGUGGUGUAGCCUGUCUGGACACCAUCGCUACAAACAUCGACAGCUGGGAUUGCAGAUCGGAGGUGGUUAGUGCACUGGUUGCCGAUCAUGACGGAGCUGUGGUUUUGAAUGUGAAAACUGAGCAAGUAAGUAACCACCAGUCUUGUCUUGAUUCUUACACUAGCUUUAAGCGUGUAGUUAGAAGAGAAAAUUUGCCUAGUCUAUGUAGAGAAUUAGAAAAAAGUGCUUGGUCUCUGCCAAAAUCUGUUACAGAUCCUGAGCUAGCUUUUUCAAAUUUUUUUGAUAAGUUUAAAAAUAUUUUUGACUCUGUCUUCCCUGCUAGAGUUGUCAAAAAAAAGCCUGGGUUAGUAACUAAAAACAAACAGGAUAUAACUAGGAGCAAACAGUGGUAUACACCUGAACUGGCCAGGAUGCGCGCUUGGUCUAUCCUACUUCAUGACUUCUACAAGGCCGAACAUGACCCUAUUAAAAAAGCUAAUUAUUUUGCUCUGUAUACCAAAACUAAAAAAGAUUACAGCAUUCAAGUCGGUGAAGCAAAAAAGACUAGUAAUAUAGAGCAUAUUAGUCAGGCAGCGAAUACCUGCAAAGCAGCUUGGGAUCUAGUUAAUGCCCAUAGGAAGGGGUCUAAAGCAAAGCCGAAACCAUCAUUGACACCUGAUGAGAUUAACACUUACUUUGUACAGGUAGCGGACAAGAUAGUUGCUGACUUGCCUACUAGUCACACAGAUCCUUGUGGAGCGUUGUGUGGCAUAUCAACGGAACACACCUUCAAUGUUUGGGAGAGAGUGAAUACCUCAUACAUCCUUAAAAUUGUAAAUGGGUUUAAGGAGUCUAGUAGCCAGGACGUUCAUGGAAUUUCAUGUACAGUACUAAAGGGAAUCAUUGUCACGAUAAUUGACCCUUUAACUAAAUUAGUAAAUGCCUGUCUCAGCAAAGGGGUUUUUCCUGAUUGCUUAAAGUUAGCUCGCACAAUACCGGUGUACAAGAAAGGAGAUCCCGUUGACCCCGCUAACUACCGACCGAUUUCCAUUUUGCCUAUAUUCUCUAAAGUGUUUGAGACGAUAAUGAAAAGGCAACUAGUCAAGUGGCUUGAAACGAAUAGGCUACUUAACAAUGCACAGCACGGAUUCAGGAGUGGGCGGUCCACCACAACAGCACUCACCAACCUUGCUAAUGUUAUUACUGACGCCUUUGAAAAUGGUGAGUCCGUACAUCUAAGCCUUUGCGAUCUCAGCAAGGCGUUUGAUGUUGUUUCCCACGACAUCCUGGUGGCUAAGCUAAGGCAUUAUGGAGUUGGAGGUUGUGUGCUAGAGUCUUUAAAGAGUUUUCUUAAAGAUAGGAAACAAGUAGUGUCACUGGAGGGGACCUCGUCAAGCGUAGGCCUUUUACCCCAUGGAGUACCUCAGGGAUCAGUCCUUGGCCCUUUGCUAUUUUCAGUGAUGAUAAAUGAUCUACAUCUUAAUGGUCGUACAUUACUUUUUGCAGACGACACCACCCUCAUCACAAGAGGUCGGAGCUUGGUGGAGCUACGCAUUGAGGCUGAAUACUUACUGGAGGAAGCAAGGGCCUGGUUCGUAUCAAACAAGUUUAAGGUAAACGAGGAUAAAACCCAAUCCCUCGAAUGCACUCUGAGUGCAGGGGUAGAAGAGGGUGAACCGGUCAAACUACUGGGUUUCUGGGUCGACUCGAGGUGCACAUGGAACCACCAUAUAAGCAAGGUAUGUGUCAAACUUUCAAGAGUGCUGUAUCUUCUAAGGAAACUUAGGGAUUUAAUAACUCAGCCAUACCUUACAACGGUUUAUCAUGCUCUCUUCCAUAGUCACGUGAUGUAUGGAUUGAUACUGUGGGGGCAUUCCCCUGCUACAAGGGAUGUUCUCUUACUUCAAAAGAUGGCGCUCAGAGUCAUUACAUCAUCUGGGUAUUAUGAGCAUUGCCGGCCUAUCUUUAGGGAACUGAAGAUCCUCACAGUGUACAGUCAGUAUGUUUACAACAUGCUCACACUCCUGAAGGAAAAUAGGAGCGACUUCAUGAAAAGGGAAGAUCAUCAUAAUUACAGCACUCGAAGAGCUCAGGAUUUGGACCUUCCGCGCUGUCGACUCGAACGGACCUUGAAGUCCUACCCUAGGUCGGCCAUAAAAAUCUUCAACACGCUGCCGUCAAAAGUUCGAGAGAUGGGCAUGACAGAAUUUAAAAAAGUUGUUCAUAAGGCCCUCGUGAAUAGGCCACUAUAUUCGCUGGGGGAGCUAAAUGAGAUACCACUCUUCCCAUUACAGUAA